AUGACAACACAAACACAGUCUGACGAGGUCGCUGACUUUCCACGAUUCUUACGGACUAUACAAAACGAAAUAAACUCGCCUGUUAUACAGUUGUAUGACAAGCACAUCGUGUCGAAGUACAAACAGGUAAUACUCAACCAAGAGCAGGUCGUGGAAGGCCUGAUGGACCAAAAUGUCAUCAACGGCACACUAUUAAUGCAGGUAAACUUGGUUAAACAAGAAAUAACUCGGAUCAACUAUUACAUAACACUUUAUCUGAAAGUCCGCCUUUCGAAAGUGCUUCAAAUGGCUCGGAUGGGAUCGAACGACACGGCAAAACUGACUCCCGAAGAAAACACUGUGUUUUUGGCUUAUUCCACAAUCCGAAAUGAUUAUAUGACUGCGUCUGGCUUGACAAUACAAGAAAAAAAGCCUGUGAAUUUGGAAAUCAAGAGAAACUCGUCGUAUGUCUUUGUCAAGAUAUUAUCGCCCAUCUCAAAUUUCAAAAUCAGCCCCGAUGAUGAAGAAGGCUUUUACCUUGAGAAAAACGCAAUUUAUUUGUUUCCAUACUCGAGUGUAGCCGAGUUCGUAAACAGCGACUAUUUGGAAUUGAUUUGA